CAAACCCUUGAGCACAAAAAUAUUGCUCUAAGAAAUGUAUAAUAAUAUAGAGGCACAUCAGCAUGUGUGUGUAUAUAUAACUAGGAUUGCAAAUCAAGUACAUCACAACUUAUGGUUGUAAGAUUUUUCUCGACUUCAACCAUAAAAUGUAUCCUUCUUCUAAUGUCCAUAUAUGUCCUGCACCAGCAGUUUCUCCUCUCCCAGAACCAAGUGCUCCACCACAGUGUUAUGGUCCUCCCAAUAUGUGUUUUUCUACACCAGGCCCAGGGCAGUGGUCCACUGGUCUUUGCCAUUGCUGUAUAAACACUUGCUUUUGUCCUUGCAUCACAUUUGGACAAAUCGCAGAAAUAGUUGAUAGAGGUUCCUCAUCUUGUGCAGGAUGUAGUAUUCUAUAUUUUCUACUAUCUUUCACAGGUUUCCCAUGCUUGUACUCGUGCUUUUUCCGAACAAAAUUGAGGAGACAGAAUCGCUUACAUGAGGAACCUUGCUUGGACUGUCUAGUGCACUUGUGCUGUGAGUGUUGUGCACUGUGUCAAGAAUACAGAGAGCUCAAGAAUCGUGGUUAUGUUAUGGGAAUAGGUUGGGAAGGCAAUCUACAUGGACAAAACAGAGGAGUUGCAAUGGCUCCGACCGUGUGCCCCGGCAUGACAAGAUGAGAAGGAUCUUUCACAGUGAAAACUCUUUCUAUUCCUGCUUGUGUGCUUCUGUUACAUUUUCUCCCUUUUGUAUUUGCUUUUCUCCUGUACUUUGCACAGUUGCACUGUAAAGAUGACAAGAUUAAAAAGAAAAAGAAGAUAUAAUGGCAUGAUAUAUAGUUUUCUCAAAGAUGCAUUUUACAAGUAUAUUCUACCUUCAAACAUUAUCUGUGCCAUCUUCUUCAGAAUCCUUUCUAUGUAAAUCUGGGUGGGGGAGCCUUUAGCUCGAGGCGAAACCGGGUCACUGAAACAUCCACAUCAACAAGUACUGAGUCUUCCUGCUUAAGAUAUCCUCUCAAGACUUCCAUGCCAAUUUCAUUAUCAACCAACUGAUGCACUACCCUCUUAACCUGGCCUUACUCCAAAUUUAGAAUCGAAACCCAAAGUUCCUUGCAUA